CACAUCUCUGACCACUCACAGUUCCUGCUUCCCUCCCCAGCCAGUGUCUGCAUUGUGGUCUUCAUAGGCCUCCUGUUCACAAGAUUCUGGUUCUUCAGUGUCCUGUAUGCGGCCUGGUGGUACCUGGACCGAGACAAGCCAUGGCAGGGGGGCAGGCGCAUCGAGGCCUUAAGACGCUGGGUCGUGUGGAAGUACAUGAAGCACUAUUUCCCCAUCUCACUGGUCAAGACCGCCGAGCUGGACCCCUCCCAGAACUACCUUGCUGGCUUCCACCCCCAUGGGGUUCUGUCCAUCGGAUCCUUUACAAAUCUGUGCACUGACAGCACCGGCUUCACAUCGCUGUUCCCCAGCAUCUACCCUCAUCUGACAACAAUGAACAUGUUUUUCCGAGUCCCCUUCUUCAGGGAUACCAUCAUGACAGUGGGGCUGAUCUCAUCAGACAAGGAGAGCUGUUCUCACAUUCUGAGCAGGAACGGAGGUGGCAACCUGCUGGGCAUCACUGUAGGAGGCACCAAAGAGACACUGAAUGCCAGGCCCGGAUCCAGCAGGCUGGUGCUUCGCAACCGCAAGGGCUUCAUCAGACUCGCCCUGAUGCACGGGGCAUCUCUGGUGCCGAUCUUCUCCUUUGGGGACAAUGACCUAUUUGACCAGUAUGAGAACUCUUCUGGCUUCUGGUGGCAAUGGUUCAAUGACAAACUAUACAAGAUGACUGGUAUC